AAAGAAAAAAACUCUCAAACUUGAAACUUAUAGUCGAUUAUCAUCGAAGUAUUUCGUGAAUCACACUUUAAAUUUUUAUGUUAAAUACAGGUGAAAUUCCAUUAUCCCUCUUCAACAUCUCUUCUUUGAGAGAGAUCAGCCUUACUAAGAACAAUUUAAAUGGAAGUCUCCCAGACGAGAUGUGUCUUCAACUUCCUCAACUUUAAUUAUUUUCUCUAAAAAGUAAUCAUUUUGAAGGAUUCAUUCCACCAUCGAUUGGAAACUGUACAUCAUUACAAACGUUACAUUUACAGAAUAACUUUUUUACAGGUUCGAUACCAAUGGAGAUUGGCCAUCUCAGUCAACUUCAACUUCUACUAAUGGGAAAUAACAGCUUGAGUGGACCUAUUCCUUCAAAAGUCUUCAACAUUUCAACAUUGGAAAUUUUGUAUCUUGAUCAAAAUUCUCUCUCAGGCAUGCUUCCAUCAAAUUUGGGAUUUGGACUUCCUAACCUACAACAACUAGACAUUUUAGCAAACAGAUUUGUUGGAAGAAUUCCAAAUAGUAUAUCCAAUGCUUCAAAUCACGUUCGAGCUGAAUUUGGUGCUAAUGAAUUUAGUGGAAUUAUGCCUAAUUCUUUUGGAGAUUUAAGAGUCCUAGAAUUUCUCGGCAUAGGUGGCAAUAAUUUGACAUUAAUUGAUGAAUCUCUUGAAAUAAACUUCCUUACUUCACUUGCAAGUUGCAAAUAUCUAAAAUAUCUUGUAUUAUCAGGGAAUAGCUUACUAUCAAAACUUCCCAAGUCCAUUACAAACUUAUCUGUAGAACACUUUUUGGCAGAUUCUUGUGGAAUUAAUGGAAAUAUUCCUGUAGAAAUCGGAAACAUAAGCAACUUGAUUCAAUUAUCUCUGAGAAGCAAUAGUUUAAAUGGAGCAAUCCCUAGUACAAUUAAAGGGUUACAUAAACUUCAAUCUUUGAAUCUUGGCUACAAUGGGCUGCAAGGAUCCAUGAUUGAUGAGCUUUGUGAAAUUAGGAGUUUGAGUGAGUUGGGUUUGACAAGCAAUAAGCUUUUUGGAGUGUUACCAACAUGUUUGGGAAAUAUGACUUCUCUUAGAAAGUUUCACAUAGGAUCUAAUAGGUUAACCUCUGAGAUACCUUCUUCCUUUUGGAAUCUCGAAGAUAUUUUAGAGGUAGACCUAUCUUCUAAUGCUUUAAUUGCAAAUCUUCCACCUGAGAUUAAGAAUUUGAGAGUUCUUGUACUAUUAGACUUGUCAAGAAAUCAAAUUUCAAGAAACAUUCCAACAGCCAUAAGUUUAUUGAACACUUUAGAAACUCUCUCCUUGGCAGCUAACAAAUUGAGUGGGCCUAUCCCAACAUCACUUGGUGAAAUGUUAAGCUUGAGUUUCUUGGACUUGUCUCAAAAUCUUCUUACUGGUGCGAUCCCAAAAUCCUUAGAGUCACUUUCUUAUCUUAAAUACAUUAACUUUUCAUACAAUAGAUUGCAAGGAGAGAUUCCUAAUGGAGGACCUUUCAAAAAAUUCACAUCUCAAUCUUUCAUGCAUAAUGAAGCACUUUGUGGCAGUUCUCACUUACAAGUACCUCCAUGUGAUAAACAUAGGAAAAAGUCAAAGAUGUUAUUAAUCAUAUUGAUAUCAUCCAUAAUUGUUGUGCUAUGUAUUUUGGUUGUUGCAUGCAUAAUACUUCGAAUGCAUAAAAGGAGAAAGGGUAAAAAUUCACUUGAAAGGGGUUUACACACUAUAGGAGUUCCAAAAAGGAUUUCCUAUUAUGAACUAGUGCAAGCAACUAAUGGAUUCAGUGAGAGUAAUUUACUUGGAAGGGGUGGCUUUGGAUCCGUGUAUCAAGGAAUGCUUUCUAGUGGGAAGAUGAUAGCAAUUAAAGUACUUGACUUGACAAUGGCAGAAGCAUCAAGAAGCUUUGAUGCAGAAUGCAAUGCAAUGCGCAACCUUCGACAUAGAAAUCUAGUUCAAAUUAUGAGUAGUUGUUCAAAUCCUGAUUUCAAAUCUCUAGUGAUGGAGUUUAUGUCAAAUGGAAGUGUGGAAAGAUGGUUAUACUCUGAUAACUAUUUUUUGGAUUUCUUGCAAAGGUUGAACAUAAUGAUAGAUGUGGCAUCAGCAUUGGAGUAUCUCCAUCAUGGUUCUUUAAUACCAGUGGUUCAUUGUGACUUGAAGCCUGCUAAUGUGUUAUUGGAUGAAAAUAUGAUUGCACAUGUUAGUGAUUUUGGGAUUUCCAAGCUCUUGGAUGAAGGACAAUCAAAAACUCAUACAGAGUAUGGAUCUAGCGGAAUCAUUUCAGUUAAAGGAGAUGUGUACAGCUAUGGGAUAAUGCUAAUGGAAAUGUUCACCGGAAAGACGCCAACAAAUGAAAUGUUUUCAGAAGAAUUAACCUUGAAAACUUGGAUUACUGAAUCAAUGGCGAAUUCCAGUAUGGAAGUUGUGGAUUACAAUUUAGGCUCACAACAUGAGAAAGAAAUUCAUGAUAUCUUAGCUUUAGCAUUGAGAUGUUGUGAAGAUUCACCUGAGGCUCGGAUUAAUAUGACAGAUGUAACUACCUUAUUAAUCAACAUCAAGACUUCACUCAUCCGAUGAAAAAGGAGAUCAAGAAAUAAAAUUUAGUAGUAAGUUAUUAUAUGCUUUUGAAACAUCCCCCUGUUCC